AUCGGUCUCUUCGAUCAAUCGAUUAUCAUUCACAUAGUACAAUGGCGUCAGCUCUAGAGUCAAUGGUUGUUGAUGAUAAACAAUUGCCUGAAAAACCAGUGGACAGAGAAAAGACAUGUCCACUACUUUUACGAGUAUUCUGCAACACCGGUCGCCACCACAACAUAAUGGAUUACAGUCGUGGAAAUGUUCCCUCGAAUGAACUCCAAAUUUACACCUGGAUGGACGCAACUCUACGUGAAAUAACGGGUUUAGUUAAGGAAGUUAAUCCAGACGCCAGGAGCAAGGGAACGUAUUUUGAUUUCUCAUUGGUAACUCCUGAAUUGAGGAACUCUGGGUAUAGGAUGAGGGAAAUUGGUGUCACAUGCUCUGGACAAAAAGGAGCUGACGACAAUAAAACACUGGCUCAAGCUAGGUUCACGAUUGGUGAUUAUCUGGACAUUUCCAUCACUCCCCCAAAUAGAGUGCAACCAGCAAUUAGACGAGGCGGUCCCCGCCAAUACUGAUAAACCAAAAAUAAAUAAUCCAAUCUCAUGAAUCACACAAUUUUUUAUUUGUAAACGCAAUGAAAAAAUUUAUAUACAAAAGAUCACAUUAAAUAACUCAUUGUAAACCGGAAGUAAGAAAUAUAAACAUUUUUCAACCUAAAAAAUGAGAAUAUUGAAAACCGAAUAAUUGAGCAUUGACCCAGGGAAUACUGAUAGUUGAACACCAAUUGACGUUUCGAAAAUUCGUUGGGAAGUUAUUGAAGAUACUGAGAACACUGUAUGUAAAUAUUUUCAGUCUGUUCUGUAAAAUGGAACGAGGACCUUCUUGGCACGAAGAAUCUGGAUAAUUCCCUCAAAUUGUAAGAAAAAAUAAAUCACAAAUUGACUUGCUACAAAAAAAUCUUUCCAUCGAUAUCACAAGAGCGAGAGCUUGCAAAAAAGCAAAAAAAAAAAAUGAACGAAGGAUCUCCUCAUUCCA